UGCAGGCACCGUCUGUUCCUCUCGGGCUUCGGGUCUAGUGCGGGGUUUUCCUCUGUGGGGUGGUUGGGUUCCCCAUGCCCCUGUGCCGUGGAUGGCACAAAGCCCGGCUCAGGAUGGGGGUCUCUGCCCCUGCCAAGGCCUUCCAGGCUGGGAACAGGCAGGGGCUCGUGCUGCCGGACUGCGGUCUGGGAGCGUUGGCAUGAUGGGGAGCAGGAGCGCCAGGCAGUGCUGCGGGCACGGCUGGGGACCGGCAUCCAUGCCGUGCUCUCGCUCCGAGCCAGCGCCGUCCCACUUUGCAGAAGGCGAUCAAAAAUUAAUUGCGGGAUUUGCUGCACGUGGCAGGAGCGGGAUGAGCGCUGGCUCCUUCCCUCCUCCGGCCUCUCCCGCCGGAGUGCUGUGCCUCGGCUGCCGGCAGAGACCCCGCGCUGCCGCCCGCAAGGGCUCUGGAGCAAGGACUCGCAGCUUCCCCCUUGCUCACGUCUCCGCCGCUGCCCCUGCCCGGUGUAGCCAUGCAGGCCCCCGUGCAGUCCCGCAGCCCCUCUGCCUGCUGCUCCGCGGGGGCCGGUGUCACUGCCGGGAGCCACUGAGGGGCCGCGGAGCCAUGCCGCCCGCCCGCCGUGCCCGCUGACCGCCGCCACGAUUCGUGCCGCCAGCUCUGCCCCAGCACGGCUUUGGUGAUGAGCGCGGGGUCCUUUUGCAUGGAGCGUCUCUCCUUCUGCCUCCUCCUGAGCGCCUGCGGCUGGGGCUGGGCGCCCGCGGGUGCCGCCAAGCCCAAGGGCCAGGGCUACCCGCACAUGAACUCCAUCCGCAUCGACGGGGACAUCACGCUCGGGGGGCUCUUCCCCGUGCACGGCCGGGGGGCGGAGGGCAAAGCCUGCGGGGAGCUGAAGAAGGAGAAGGGCAUCCAUCGCCUGGAGGCCAUGCUCUUUGCCCUGGACCGCAUCAACAACGACCCCGACCUGCUCCCCAACAUCACCCUGGGCGCCCGCAUCCUGGACACGUGCUCGCGGGACACGCACGCCCUGGAGCAGUCGCUGACCUUCGUGCAAGCCCUGAUCGAGAAGGACAGCACCGAGGUGCGCUGUGUCAACGGCGGCCCCCCCAUCAUCACCAAACCUGAGCGGGUGGUCGGCGUCAUCGGCGCCUCGGGCAGCUCCGUCUCCAUCAUGGUGGCCAACAUCCUGCGGCUCUUCAAGAUCCCCCAGAUCAGCUAUGCCUCCACCGCCCCGGACCUGAGCGACAACAGCCGCUACGACUUCUUCUCCCGCGUCGUCCCAUCUGACACCUACCAGGCCCAAGCCAUGGUGGACAUCGUCAAAGCCCUCAAGUGGAACUACGUCUCCACCUUGGCCUCCGAGGGCAGCUAUGGCGAAAGCGGCGUGGAGGCCUUCAUCCAGAAAUCCAGGGAGGAUGGGGGGGUGUGCGUGGCCCAGUCCGUCAAGAUCCCGCGGGAGCCCAAGCCGGGAGAGUUUGACAAGAUCAUCCGCCGCCUCCUGGAGACCUCCCACGCGCGGGCCGUCAUCAUCUUCGCUAACGAGGACGAUAUCAGGAGGGUGCUGGAGGCGGCCAAGCGGGCGAACCAGACGGGACAUUUCAUCUGGAUGGGCUCGGACAGCUGGGGCUCCAAAAUCGCCCCGGUCCUGCACCUGGAGGAGGUGGCCGAGGGCUCCGUCACCAUCCUGCCCAAGCGGGUCUCUGUCAGAGGUUUCGACCGCUACUUCUCCAGCAGGACGCUGGACAACAACCGCCGGAACAUCUGGUUUGCUGAGUUUUGGGAGGAAAACUUCCACUGCAAGCUGAGCCGGCAUGCGCUGAAGAAGGGCAGCAGCAUCAAGAAGUGCACCAACCGAGAGCGCAUUGGGCAGGACUCCUCAUACGAGCAGGAGGGCAAGGUGCAGUUUGUCAUCGACGCCGUCUACGCCAUGGGCCACGCUCUGCACAACAUGCACAAGAACCUCUGUCCCGGGAAGGUGGGGCUGUGUCCCCGCAUGGACCCGGUGGACGGCGUGGAGCUGCUCAAGUACAUCCGCAGCGUCAACUUCUCAGGCAUUGCUGGGACCCCGGUGACGUUCAACGAGAACGGGGAUGCGCCGGGGCGCUACGACAUCUACCAGUACCAGAUCAGGAACUCCACACCCGAGUACAAAGUCAUCGGGCAAUGGACUGACCACCUGCACCUCAAGGUGGACAGCAUGCUGUGGCCGGGGGGGGGCAGCCAGCUCCCCAGCUCCAUCUGCAGCCUGCCCUGCAAGCCAGGCGAGAGGAAGAAGCUGGUGAAGGGCAUCCCCUGCUGCUGGCACUGUGAGCGCUGCGACGGGUACCAGUACCAGCUGGACGAGUUCCACUGCAAGCGCUGCCACUUCAAUGAGCGGCCCAACGAGAACCACACCAGCUGCACCCCCAUCCCCAUCAUCAAGCUGGAGUGGAGCUCGCCCUGGGCCGUGGUCCCCGUCUUCAUCGCCAUCGUGGGCAUCAUCGCCACCCUCUUCGUGGUGGUCACCUUCGUGCGCUACAAUGAUACGCCCAUCGUCAAAGCCUCGGGGCGGGAGCUGAGCUACGUCCUGCUGACGGGCAUCUUCCUCUGCUACGCCACCACCUUCCUCAUGAUCGCCGAGCCCGACCUGAGCACCUGCUCCUUGCGGCGCAUCUUCCUCGGGCUCGGCAUGAGCAUCAGCUACGCCGCCCUGCUCACCAAGACCAACCGCAUCUACCGCAUCUUCGAGCAGGGCAAGAAGUCGGUGAGUGCCCCCCGGUUCAUCAGCCCCGCGUCCCAGCUGGUCAUCACCUUCAGCCUCAUCUCGCUGCAGCUCGUGGGCGUCUGCAUCUGGUUCAUCGUGGACCCGUCCCACUCCGUCAUUGACUAUGAGGACCAGCGGACUACAAACCCCCACUUUGCCCGGGGCAUCCUCAAAUGUGACAUUUCGGACCUCUCCCUCAUCUGUUUGCUCGGGUACAGCAUGCUUCUCAUGGUCACCUGCACUGUCUAUGCUAUUAAGACCCGCGGGGUCCCGGAGACCUUUAACGAAGCCAAACCCAUCGGGUUCACCAUGUACACUACUUGCAUUGUGUGGUUAGCCUUCAUCCCUAUAUUUUUUGGGACGUCGCAGUCGGCGGAAAAGAUGUACAUCCAGACCACGACGCUCACCAUCUCGGUGAGUCUGAGUGCCUCGGUGUCCCUGGGCAUGCUCUACAUGCCCAAGGUGUACAUCAUCCUCUUCCACCCGGAGCAGAACGUCCCCAAGCGCAAGCGGAGCCUCAAGGCAGUGGUGACAGCAGCCACCAUGUCCAACAAGUUCUCUCAGAAAGGAGGUUUCCGCCCCAAUGGAGAGGCCAAAUCAGAGCUCUGCGAGAAUCUGGAAACACAAGCACUGGCCACCAGACAGACGUACGUCAGCUACAGCAACCAUGCGAUUUAGCGGCCGCAGCCGGAGCCGCGGAGCUGCCGCUGCCCUGCGCCAGGGGCACCGAACGCGUCCCCAUCGGGACGGGGAGAGGGGCAGCGGGGCACCCACUCGGGGCCGCUGUGCUGAGCUCCCGGGGACCAUGGCGAUCGACAGCAGCAAAAACCACACAAAGAAACAAUAAAACACUACAAAUAAACCACCGCCCGACCGCCCAGCGCGCCAUGCAUGCCUCCCGCCUCCGCGGGGGAGGGGAGCCGCGCGGGACGGACGAGGGGACGCACUCCGGCAACUCCUGGGGGUUUUUUUCUGUAUCUUGGGAAAAAAAGAAAAAAAAGACCCACCAUUUUCCCUUUUCUGGAAUUUGUGAGGUUGUUUGUGGUCGUGCAGAACCUUCUGUUUUCUCUUUGGGUUGUUUUAAUCCUCAGUUUUCUUUUGCUCCUGUCUUCCUCCGUCCCUCUUCACUCUCCCGUAUCCUUCCAAAUUCUAGAUGUUGCAAAAAGGAAAAAGAAAUAAAAAUACAUAAAACCGAAGUAAAAAACAGACAACAAAAUAAAAUGAAAUAAAACCUAGACUGUGUUCAAAGUGCUGGUUUCUAUAGGUGGUUGAUUCAUGUAUGUGAUGACCAUAUGGAUUGAAAUAUGUCUGCUUUAUGUACCGACCAGUCAAAAAACAAACCGACCAACCAAGUUCAGUGCCUGGAUGUUUCUGAAUCAUUCGAUGACUGUGUAGAGCAUGAUCAUUUUUAUACGAGGAGAUUUCUAAUAAAAGACCAUGGUUUUGCA